AUGUAUUGUCAGGUUCUCUAUACUGAGCUGACGAACAUUAUGAUUUGGUAUCUAACAUUUGACACCAGUUCUCAGCCUUUUCAUUUGCAUGCUGUACAGGAUAUUUUUCGGUUGACUUUAGCUGCAUUCGAGAAGUUGUCGCUUUUCUCUUGUCGCUGUUAUGCUAAAGCUUUGCACAUUCUUGAAAUCGUUGUGAAGGUCAAAUGCUGCAUCAUCUUGCUGGACAUAGGCUGCGACUCGUUGGUCACUAAAAUCUUUGAAAUCCUUCUAAGUACCAUUAAGUUCAACCACCCAGAAGCUGUAUUCUCAUACAUGGAAGAUAUUAUGACUUGGCUUUUAGAUGAGAGUGAUGACAUCCCAUUGGGUCUUUUAAAGCCGCUUCUAGCUAGUGUGAAAAAGGAAAACCAGUGAAGUUGAUGAGGCUAGAUAUUAAUGAUUAUGCCGAUAUAGUUGCUUCAUUAUGCCGAGAUAUGCCAGCUGGGGACAAUGUGGUGCGAUA